AUGGCACACAGUGAAGCGCCAACGUCAGCCGCCUUUGAUGGCACCGGCGACUACAAUGAGCACAACGCAAGUAUGCAUCCGCCACAUCAUGGCAUGUCGGCUGGCAAAUACCUCGCCACGCGCGUGAGCACGCUGAAGCCGGCAAUGGCCAAUGCCCCAAAUCCCAUCAGACUGGUCCGCAUGCUCAACCGCCACCACUGGGCAUUCUUCUUUGUCGCAUUCUGGGCCUGGACAUGGGAUGCCUUCGAUUUCUUCACAGUUUCACUCACUGUCAGUGACCUAGUCAAGACGUUCAAAGUUCACAAGCCAGAUAUCACCAACACGGACAUAACCUGGGGAAUCACGCUGGUAUUAAUGUUCCGUUCUGUCGGGUCCAUCAUUUUUGGUGUAGCUGCCGAUAGAUAUGGUCGCAAAUGGCCCUUCAUUGUCAACAACUUUCUCUUCAUUGUCCUUGAACUGGGUACGGGUUUCUGUCAGACAUAUGAACAAUUCCUCGCGUGUCGCGCACUCUUUGGUAUUGCAAUGGGCGGUCUCUAUGGCAAUGCUGCAGCCACCGCAUUGGAAGAUCUCCCGGCCGAAGCACGUGGAUUGAUGAGCGGCUUGCUGCAACAGGGCUACGCAUUCGGCUACCUACUUGCUGCCGCCUUUUCACGAGGACUCGUCAACACGACUCCCCACGAGUGGCGUCCCCUGUAUUGGUUCGGUGCCUGUCCGCCAUUGAUAUUCAUCAUUUGGCGAUUUUUCCUGGAUGAGACCGACACGUACAAACACCAUCAGUCUUUGCGCAAGACUGAAGGUGGAAGCGUUGGCAAGACCUUUGUCGAGGAGGGCAAGGUUGCCGUCAAGCGCCAUUGGCUACUGCUUGUUUACUUGGUCUUGCUCAUGGCUGGCUUCAACUUCAUGUCGCACGGCUCCCAGGACCUAUACCCAACCAUGCUCCAGAACCAGUACAAUUUUGGUGCUACCGAGGUCACUGUCACCCAGGUUGUAGCAAACUUGGGUGCCAUGCUUGGCGGUACCGUUGUUGGCUAUUCGUCUCAGAUCUUUGGUCGUCGUAUUAGUAUCAUCGUCAUAUGCAUAGUCGGUGGUGCUCUGCUGUAUCCCUACACAUUUGUUUCCAACCACGGGAUCAUCGCCGCGGCAUUCUUCCAGCAAUUUUGCGUACAAGGUGCUUGGGGUGUCAUUCCCAUUCAUCUGAUGGAACUGUCGCCUGGUGCAUUCCGAACCUUUGUCGUGGGUACUAGUUACCAAUUGGGCAACCUGGUGUCAUCAGCAAGUUCGACCAUCGAGUCCACCAUCGGCGAGCGGUUCCCUCUGCCGCCAAAGGGAGAGACGAAGCGCUAUGAAUAUGGCAAGGUUAUUUGCAUCUUCAUGGGUUGUGUUUACGCCUAUGUUAUCCUCCUGACCUUUAUCGGACCCGAACAUCUGAGCCGCUCGUUCGACGCUGCCCACGACGCCGACCUGGAUGAAGCAACUGCUCACAGGCACGAAAAGCCUCACGUUGUGGAGGAUGAGGAGAAGGGCGCAACUCGUCAUAUGAGCGAUGCUUAA